AUGGCGCCUCUCAUCGCAAUCGAGGAACACUACAUAUCGCCGCUGCUCGACGACGGGCCGGGCGGGCCCAGGGACGUCAUCAAAAGGACGUUCGGGCCCGCCGUGCUGGACAAGCUGGCCGACGUCGGCCCGGCGAGGCUGCAGGAGAUGGCCAAGGACUCGGUGGCCGUGACGGUCCUCUCCCACCUGCCCAUGAGCGUCGGCGGGGCCGAGCGCUGCGCCGCCAUCAACGACGACCUGCACUCCAGGAUCGCCCGCCACCCGGACCGGUACGCCGCCUUCGCCCUCCUGCCGAUGGAGGACCCGGCCGCCGCCGCCGAGGAGCUGCGCCGCGCCGUGCGCCGCCUCGGCUUCGUCGGCGCCCUGGUGCAGAACCACCUCGACGACGGCACCUUCUUCGACGCGCCGCGCUUCGACCCCCUCUGGGCCGCCGCCGAGGACCUCGCCGUCCCCGUCUACCUGCACCCGGCCUACCCGCCCGCCGACGAGUCCAGGCUCAACUUCGACGGCGCAGGCGCCUACGGCCCGCCCGUCGCCGCCGCCCUCGGCGCCUGGGCCUGGGGCUGGCACUCCCGCACGGGCCUGCACCUCCUCCGCCUCUUCGCCGCCGGCGUCUUCGACCGCUUCCCGCGCCUCCAGCUCGUCCUCGGCCACAUGGGGGAGAUGCUCCCGUUCAUGCUCGACCGCGUCGUCCGCUUCUCGGCCGACUGGCCGCCCCGCCGCCGCCGCCGCCUGCGCGACGUCUGGGACGCCAACGUGUGGGUGACGACGAGCGGCAUGUUCUCGCUGGCGCCGAUGGCCUGCCUGCUGCGCGAGACGAGGCCCGAGAGGCUCGUCUUCAGCGUCGACUACCCCUUCUCCGCCAACCGCGAGGGCAGGCGCUUCAUGGACGAGCUGAGGGGGAGCGGGCUCGUCAGCGAGGCCGAGUGGGAGGGGAUCGCCUGGAGGAACGUCAAGGGGCUGCUGAGACUGGACCUCGAGCCGGCGUUAUAG